AAAGGCUACAAAGAAUGCGACACAAAUAAGACCAGAACAGCGAAACAGCAUCGUGGACGCCUUCUAGGCCCUAAAUGCCGUCAUAAAAGAACUUCCUGAACCAAUACUUGGGAGACACUCUCAGCACCCCUGACGCCCACUCUCGUACGAACUGCCGAUGCAAUCAUCAACCACAGCACAACGGCCGCGCAAACGGCGUGCCAUCAACGCAUGUGCCACUUGUCGAGCUUCCAAAGUACGCUGCGAUGGAGAUCGGCCAUGUCAGCGCUGCGAAAGGAAUGGCACCACUUGUCAGUAUCAUGACGUAGCAAAAGAUGAGAGUAAUGUGCGCAUCGAGAAGCUUGAAGAGGAGCUGGCUGAUCUAAGAGAUGAAUUGAAAAAUGUCACUGUUGUCAACUCAAAUAUAACACCAAUAACGCCGCACCCCCUGCGUAAGCGCAAUACUGCAUCCACAGCAGUGGAUGCAGGACUCUUUACCUGGGAUCAGGCGGCACUCUGGUUUCAGAGUUUCUUCUCUGGUAGUCAAUAUUUAGUACCUAUAUUUUGUGAAAAACAAGACACCAUUGCGUCCGUUUCAUCUCGCAGCGCUUUCCUCUUUGACAUUAUGGUCAGCAUUGGCUGCCGAUCUGAAGAAGGCUUCAACUCAGCAACAUACCGCCAGCUCCAGUCUCGAGCAAGGGAUUAUGUUACAAAUCUGCUCAUAAAUACAAGCAUUCCUUCUCUUGAAGAUGUCCAAGCAAUAACCUUAAUGGCUGCAUACUCUGAGAAUAGGUUUGUGCUGGUUGCUCUCGCGCUGAGGUUUGCCAUUCAGCUGGGCUUGCCCCGUGCCGUUGACCAGUUGGUGGCGAGAGGACACAGAAGAUUAAGAGCUGUGGACGAUGAUGAACGAGGGCUCUAUCGUCUUGCUAGAAUUUGGCAUGGUAUCUGCAAUCUGGAAUUAUUCUUCUCCCUUGAUGGUGGCAAGCUCCCUAACCUAACUAUUCAAACAUCAUCGCGCAAGAUUAGAAGCCUUAUCACUCAUCCUGAGCGCGCUACAGUGGACAUUCGGUUGCUCUCCCAGAUUGAGCUUAACAUGAUCCGUGCAGAAGCAUAUGGCAGCAUUAUAAUCCAAGCUGGCGACCCACUGCAUUCACAGAAUGAGGCUCAAAUCCGGAGAACAAUCGACGAUACAAUCAUUGAGCUAUCCCUAUGGCUGGAUGAGUGGACUACCAUUGUAUCUACCGAACCAAAUCCGCAUCAACGAUCACUUGCUCUGCAGAAUCUUCACAUCCAAUACGAAUGGGCCAUUAUCACUCUUCAUCUCAAAGCCAAUGCCACAUCUGGCAUUGAAAAUAUCGCUUUUAUGACUGAGUUCCAACGAGACAUCGUCUGUCGGGCCAAAGAAGCAGCAGCUCGACACCUGCACCAUGUGCUCGAAGAUAUAUCGUCACCAUACUCCUCACCAACGCUAAGCACUCAACAGCACAGAUCCACAUAUCUCAGUACCUUCAGAUGGACCUUAGACUACGUAUGGGCUAAAUGCGCAUUCUCUGUUCUUCUUGUCCUCAAGCUCGCUAUCCUGCUUCGCGAUCCUGUACCCUCGGUUAUGCUUCUGCUCCGCGAUGCUCAUAGAGUGCUUGAGGAGCUCAAAACCGUCACGACCGGCCACAUUGCCUACUUCCAGAUCUUGCAAACUAGCAUCGAGAAAUGCGAGGCUGCUCUAAAAGAGUACGUAACGCAACCACAGACAGGUUCUGACCUUGAAGCUGGCUCGAAUAGCAACGGAGCCGCUGAGGAUGAGUUCCAAGGAUAUGUGCCUACAGAGUUCGUUUUCGAAUGGGAUUUUCCUGGUUCGAAUCUGAAGCAUAUGCCCCUAGGCUGGCAGGACUUGUUCAUCAACAUCGACAGUCUUUUUUGAGUCGGGCGGCCCUAGCAGUAUUUAUGGCUACAUUUUGUUCUCAUGAGAGCAUCGCCUGGAGCCAACAAUACAAUUAUAAGAUGCUCUCAAUCAAAUGGAAAGAGCCUGAGGCCCUUCUAGCUGCACUCAAAGGAUUGCGUCCAGUGAUUGAUUGCACAUAAACAAUGUGUUCAAAACUUCGCGACGCUGCAUCCGGAUAGGGAACCCGAGAAACGGCUACCGGUACCAUAUGCAAGGGAGGAACAAAUUACCUAAUUCUGACACGGGGAGGUAAUGACAAUAUCAUUUAAUUACGACAGGCUUCGUCGACUAUUCUAUCUCUCAGUCUCCAAGAUGAACGUCCAUUUAAUAGAUGUACAGAAAAUCCUCGUUCUUAAUGUCAGUAACAUCAUCGAACGCCUUAUCGCCGACCCCGCU